AGAUAUGCGUUAUCUCGCUUUCCGAUUGGCGAAGCCCACGUCAAUCAGAGCCCCCCUACAUUUCCGCUCAGUGAGAUUGGUUGAACCCCACGCAAUUGGUUUUGUGUUUUGGAGCGCGCGCGGGCAAGCAGGCGUCAGUUGCUGGCUUUCUUCGGCGUUUUCUUUCAGCGUCCGAACCAAAUAUACUCCUGAGAUCACGGUCGACCUUCAGGUGAUUCGGUCCGUCGAAAGGGCAGGAGGAAAAAAUUGCCAUCGUUUUGCUGUCGGCGGAGCGAGGGCGGGAGGCAGCCGUGGUGGCGCUCGUUGAUGGACAGGCUGACGACGGGGGCAGGUCGCGGGGAAUGACAGUGCGCUAGCAGGCUCCGUGGAGACGGUCGCCAGCCACUCCCAGGGGAGGGGAGGGGGGACUGGAGCAGGCCCCGGGGGUCUGGGGAAGGAGCUCCGGCCCUCGACGCAGCGUUAACUUCUAAAUAUUACACCGCGCACGCUGUUUUAUUUUGCCUCCUUCCUCCCUUGGGUGACUUGUUUUAUUGGACCUGGUUCGCACACGCCCUUACCGAUCGUCCCCUCGCUCCUCUUAUCGCUGUGGUGGCUCGCCUGUAGGAAAAAGAUGUCGGCAGCAACGGCUGUGGUGACAGCGGCGGAAAAAGUGGAUGGGUUCACCAGGAAAUCCGUGCGGAAGGCGGCCAGGCAGAAGCGAUCGCAGGGAUCGUCGCAAUUCAGGAGUCGAAGCAGUCCGGUUGAGAUCCAGCUGCUCCCGCCCCUUAAAGAUGCUCCAAAUGCUGAUCAGCACGAUCUGUUCUGUCAGAAACUACAACAGUGCUGUGUUAUUUUUGAUUUCAUGGACUCAGUUACCGAUCUAAAGAGUAAAGAGGUCAAAAGAGCAACACUGAAUGAAUUGGUGGAUUUCCUCACAUCCAACAGAGGUGUGCUUCUUGAACCAGUGUAUCCUGAAAUAGUGAAAAUGAUUACCUGUAAUAUUUUCAGAACUCUUCCUCCCAGUGAUAAUCCAGACUUUGAUCCAGAAGAAGAUGAACCAUCAUUAGAAGCAGCAUGGCCUCACAUGCAGCUUGUGUAUGAAUUUUUCUUGCGGUUUCUGGAGUGUCCAGACUUCCAGCCUAGUGUUGCAAAAAGGUUCAUUGAUCAGAAAUUUGUACUUCAGCUUUUGGACUUAUUUGAUAGUGAGGACCCACGUGAGCGUGAUUUUUUGAAAACGGUUCUGCAUCGUAUUUAUGGAAAAUUCCUUGGACUUCGAGCAUUCAUCAGGAAACAGAUCAAUAAUAUUUUUCUACGGUUUAUAUAUGAAACUGAUCACUUUAAUGGAGUUGCAGAACUGCUGGAGAUAUUAGGAAGUAUUAUUAAUGGGUUUGCACUGCCACUGAAAGCAGAACAUAAACAAUUUCUUAUGAAGGUGCUAAUUCCCCUUCACACUGCUAAAGGUUUAGCUCUCUUUCAUGCACAGUUGGCUUAUUGUGUGGUACAAUUCUUGGAAAAAGAUGCAACUCUUACAGAACCAGUCAUUAGAGGAUUACUAAAAUUCUGGCCAAAAACUGUAAGUCAGAAAGAGGUUAUGUUUUUGGGUGAAGUAGAAGAAAUUUUGGAUGUGAUAGAACCUUCUCAGUUCAAAAAGAUCCAAGAACCGUUAUUCAAGCAAAUAGCUAAGUGUGUGUCAAACCCACACUUCCAGGUUGCAGAAAGAGCUUUAUAUUUCUGGAAUAAUGAAUACAUUCUUAGCCUAAUUGAAGAUAAUUCUGAGAAAAUUCUACCGAUUAUGUUUGGUAGCUUAUACAGAAUCUCCAAGGAACACUGGAACUCAACCAUUGUAGCACUUGUUUACAACGUACUAAAAACUUUAAUGGAGAUGAAUGGGGCACUGUUUGAUGAACUUACAGCAUCAUAUAAAGCAGAAAGACAGCGUGAAAAGAAAAAGGAACAAGAGCGUGAGGAACUUUGGAAAAAUCUUGAAGAGUUGCGGCUCCAAAGGAGUCAUAAACUUUCCGAAGUACAGAAUGAUACCCACAAUCCACAAAAUACUCAAGACAAUAAAUCAAGUGCCAAAUGACCACCAUUGACAUAUAGUUGCAGAGUGAUUGGGUAUUUCAUACAUAUUUUGGAAUAUGUGUGGACAAAAUACAUACACAAGACAAACCUUCAGCAGUAUACUUCCAAAACUGACCAGCUAUCUUGAUGAGCUGUAAACUAUGUUAAAAGGAAAAGAUAUGAACUUUGAACAUUACUGUGUGACCACAAUAUUUGUAACUUUGUCUGAUCAUGAAUUUAUUAUGUCACUUUUUAGAAUUCUCAGAGAAUAAAUGAAUUUAUCAUUUGUGGCCAGAGUGAAAAUAAUUGGUGGAAUUAUGACUUGAAAAAAAUAAUUUUUUGAUUGUGCUGCACAUAGAAAAUUAGUCAGCUAUUUAAAUAUAGAUUUUUCCUAUUUUAUAUGUGCUUCUCACAUGCUAUGGACCUUGAGUGACCUGAAAGGGAACAAGUUAUGCCUACAGAAAAAAAACAUUAGAAAUACGAGCAUAAAAUAUUGUAUGUUUUCCUUCAACUAAUUAUUCUGAUGUUACAUCAGAGAACCAUUCCAUUCUGUAAAUUUUUGGCAGUGUGAAGCUCUUUUGUAAUAAGAUACCUUAUUUGGGGUUCUGAGCAACAUUCAAUAAAGUCUACAUAAUAUUUGUAUUUGGA